AAAGCGACAUCUGUGACACAUUUUCUGAACAAUCAAGCAAUAUCACGCUGGAAACCUUAGGUAGAUUAGGUUAAAAUGGCAAAUUGGAUAUUCCAUUCUUCCAAAUUAAUUGCAAAUUGUAUAAAAAGUACCAGUAUCGCACGCAAUGCUAUCACCGUUGGUUUAUUGUCACCACAAGCUUUGUCAUUACAAAGUGCAAGGAAUACCAGCUUCUAUAAUAAAAGACCAGCUGCACAAUUAUGGAAAUCUGUCACGAGUGUCAGUAAUGCUGGUAAGAGGAGAGGAAGAGCUAAAGGUCUUGUAAGGACAAGAGAUUUAAACCAAGGUCAAAAGAUUGGUCAUGGAAAAGUAGGAAUGUUGUUCCCUGGACUGACUGCCCCAAUUAUACAAGGGGAGUUUACAGUUCGACAAAGACGUCUUACAGAACAAGAACAACAAAGUAAUGCCCCAAAAAUACAACCUUUAGUAAAACCAAAACGAUUCAAAAUUCAUCCUCUAAAACGUGGAUGGAGCGGAGGUCAGCCAGGUGGAAGGACAAUUGGACCACCUGAUCCUGUUGAUGGCGAUACCUUCGAUGGAUUUGAAAGUUGGAUACUAUAUGCCAAACCAGUAUCUAUUAUGACAAGCACUAUGGGCCGUUCGAAACGUGUUCGUAGUAUGGUUAUUACUGGAAAUAGGAAAGGUUUGGCUGGAUUUGCAACAGUAACAGGGCGUGAAUUUAAACCAGCCUUAAAUUUAGCCAAGAACAGAGCAGGAUUGAGAUUGAUGUACAUUGAAAGAUAUAACGAUCAUACUGUGCUUCAUGACUUUUUCUCACAAUUUGGAAAAACAAAGGUUUUCGUAAAGCAGAAGCAGAAGGGUUAUGGAUUGAAGUGCCAUCGUGUUAUUAGAACAUGCUGCGAGGCAAUUGGCAUCAAAGAUUUGAAUGCUAAGGUUGAAGGAUCUGAUAACAUUCUUAACAUCGUGAAAGCUUUCUUCGCUGGCUUACUGCGACAGAAAACAUUCGAAGAAAUGGCAAAUGAGAAAAAAUUGCAUCUGGUCGAAAUGAGAAAAGAAAAUAAUUAUUUUCCCACGGUGCUUGCUUCGCCACCAGUAGUUCGAUCCUCCAAAGAAAUUCCAAGAGACGAAAUUUUAGAUUUUAAACAGUACGUAAUGGAUGGGAAAGUUGUUUUGGAGAAGAAAAGACGCAAUUUGCCUUUUAGCAAAUUGCCUUCGUGGCAAUUUCAUUUACGUAAAAAAGAACGUUUAAGGAAUCAAGAUGAUGUUGUAAUCAAAUUAAGAGCUGAAUACGGCGAUGUAUGCAGCUUUCACGCUGAGAAAUAUCCAGAAGCCAGAGCUCCUAAAUGGAGCAAACAUGGCAAAAAGGAGGAAGAAGAAGCAGUUGAAACAUAAUACUUUUAUUUAGAAAGUAAAUAAUAUAAUUUAUAAAUAUAAUUGAAUGUUAAAUACGCAAUUAGUACUAAUAAUAAUAAAUCUACUUAUAGUCGAAAUUCUUUUUUCCUUCAUAUCUCGAUAUAUGUACAAGCAAUACGUGUGUCUCUAUAGUUUGACAAAUCAAGAUUUUUUAUAACUGUAUAUAUUUUAUCAUCCUUCGAGGAAGGACCAAAUAGAAUAACGAAAGAAAAUUGAACUA